AUGCCAGACAACGACAACCCAGAUGCGAAUAAUGGAAGACAACUUCAAGUAUCGCGAGUUUCCAUAAAAAUUCCACCAUUUUGGAGGAAAAACGUGGGUUUGUGGUUUACUCAAGUCGAAUCACAGUUCAUAACAUCCAAUAUUACAAAUGAAACGACCAAAUUCCACUACGUACUUGCUGCUAUAGAGAGUGAGAUACUCGAUGAGGUUAGUGAUUUUGUAAUAAAUCCUCCGGCAACGGAAGUGUAUACCAAAUUUAAACAAAAAUUGAUCGAACAAUUUUCGGAUUCAGAGGCUCGUAAAAUUAAAAAGCUAUUUACUGAAUUAGAACUUGGGGAUAAACGUCCAUCGACAUUACUGCGUGAGAUGAAACAAUUAGCAGGAAGCCAACUUACUGAUGAAUUUUUACGCUCAUUAUUUUUACAGCGUAUGCCCUAA